GGUAUAAAAACGACCACUGUUUCCACAAACGCUAUCAGUUCUUCAGCUGUCUUCAAUAAACACACAACUCCAACAUGAAGUUCAUCAUCCUCGCCGCUCUCGUCGCCGUCGCAGCUGCUGCUGACUACGCUCCCAAGUACGAAGCACCCAAGUACGAGGCUCCCAAAUACGAAGCCAAAUACGAGGAAGUCACCUAUGCCCCUCAGCCAUACAGCUUCGGAUACGACGUCCAAGAUAAGGAAUCCUACAAUGACUUUGAGCACAACGAGAAGUCCGACUACAACGUCGUCACUGGAUCUUACCGCGUCGCCCUACCCGAUGGCCGCACCCAGAUCGUCACCUACAAGGCCGACGCUUACGGAUACACAGCUGAUGUGAAAUACGAAGGAGAGGCCAAGUACCCCGAGUACGUCGAGAAGCAAUACAAGGCUGCUUCCUACCCCGCUCCGGCUUACUCUGCCCCAGCUUACCCCGCUCCCGCCUACCCCAAAUACUAAAAAUCCACUGACUGGAUGCCUAAUUUAUUAAUUCUUCAAAAAUGGUUUGAAUGUUAAUAAUCGAUGAAGAUGUUCUGUGAUAGUGAUAUAUCAUUGUGUCGUCGGAAUUUAUUAAUUGCUUACUGUAAAUACAUUCUGAAACACGAA